GUGCAUGAAAAGACGUAUCGGGCGCCCAUCUUGAUUGAGAUUGGCCGCAAUGGCUAUGUCGUGGGCAUUAGUUUCCACAACGAGUGGCCGAGUGUACCACAAUCGCUGAUUUUGGGGAGGUCUGAUGAAUGUAGGAGACCGCAUUCAUACACGUCUCAUACACGUCUCAUUUCAGCACUUUGUGGUUCUCCCGGUUUUCGGUUUGCCGUCAAUCAGUCGCUGUCGCUCUUCAAGCAACUGACAUGGAGCAAGCCGAUACUAGUGAGUGAACUUUUGGCCCUAAUCCACCAAAUGUACUUUAAUGUAGCUGAAUCAACGGAGCACUCUUGGAUGUCACCGUAUACCUCGAAAAAUCGUGACCUCUAUUUCACCGAUGGCAAACGUUCAAUAGAUUACGUUCUCGUAUACAGUCGAACCAAGACCACUGAGGUCCAUGCGGCAAAACGUACGGCAUUUCUGAAAGGCUUGGCUAGAGAGCUUGUGGAAAUCGAGGUCGAGGAUUGUUGUGGUCAGAUUCUGGGGAAAACAGAUGUGGGAUCAUCCCCUCCAACAGAACCAAUCAUAUCGGCAAGUAUUCAACCAACAUUGGCGGCAAUUCCAGUUUGCCCCGAACCUAAUCCUCAACAAAAGCGGACUCGCAAAGAAUCGACUAGGGGUCAACCUUCGUCGAUGGAUCGUUACCGGUUUCGAGCAGAGCAUGAAGAAUCGGCUUUGCUUGAUUUAUCCGACCUAGUAUUUGUUAAAUUACACGCCCCUUGGAAAACAAUGGAGCGCUACGCUGAGAUGUUCAACUUUCGAAAACCGCUAAAAAUGCAAGACCCGGAGAAUGUCAAGAUGCAUCCCAAGCCUUCUUGCUCAGACUGUUGUGAAUUUGACAAAAGCGUACUCAAGCCCUUACGAAACACGUUCACUUGGCCAUUUCAGAAGCAAAGGCUUUAUCUAUUUGAUAUCCCUGAAAACCAGAAUGAGUUCUUUACGGCUGUUGAACGCGCUAUGGUUUUGGACUAUAUUCUCCGACGCACACCGUGUGUUUUUGAAGACAAUCCUGAACUAGGUAAGCAGACCUGUUGUGAUGUUGUCCAUCCACCUCAACUAGAUGAAGCGACUUCCUCAAAUAACAGUCCUGGAUUCAAUGGCCGCAGGAGACCUGCCGAACUGGAUGUAGGUAUCACCAAGAUGCUUUCAGACGGUGUGUUCUCCGCUGCCUACCCACUGCACGAACAUACGGCUGCCAUAGAAAAUUAUACCAGGUUGUUAGACACUGUAGCACCCACCGAACAAGUGGCUCAAAAAUUGGUAGGUCACAUUAUUCCGAAAACUUUACUUCACCACACCUAUUCACCCAUCUCCUUCGUUUGGCUGUUCUGUACUGGGGAUCGCAGUCAGUUUGGUUUGCUCAAACGCACCCUCACACAUUGUGGGAUUGCUGAACCCCAUCUAACGAUAACCGCUGGUUUACGUCCACGUUUGAUAGGUAAACUUAUUCCAUGCCGCGUAUUUUCUCCCUUUCCAUGUGAGCUGUCCAAAUCGGGCGAGUCGUUUAAUUGUGUGAAUAACCGGAUUCUUCUGAAGCGAUAUUGGGCCUCUUACAAGUCUUUCGGGCGGCCACAGCCGUUUGACUAUAUUCGCCACUACUUUGGUGAGGCGAUCGCCUUUUAUUUUGCCUGGCUUGGAUUCUACACCUUAUGUCUGGUUCCGGUCGCUAUUCUCGGUGUCCUUAUAUUCCUUUUUGGACUUAUCGGAAUGUUCAAUGACCCAAUUGUGAAAGACGUUUGCGAAUACGGGAGCAGCAUUAUCAUGUGUCCACUGUGUGAUCAUGUCAGAUGUCAGUUUUGGCGAUUAAAUAGCUCGUGUCUACGAAGCAAAUUGACGCGGCUGGUUGACAAUGAGGGUACCGUUCUGUUCGGUGUGAUAAUGGCUCUCUGGGCCAUACUAUUUCUGGAGCUUUGGAAGCGUAGGCAAGUCUCCCUGGCCUAUCAGUGGAGCGUGUAUUCCUUGGAACCAGUAGAUCAACCACCAAGACCUGAGUUCCUUGCCUUGUUACAAAAAGGGUUCCCGUCCAAACUGAAUCCUGUAUCCGGAGUGAGUGCGCCUUUUUAUUCAGAAAGUCAAUCGCCUCCUUACCAAAUCGGAAUUAGAGCGUGGACCCCAUCAAGUCAACGUUUAGCCUUUCAUCUGAGGUUAUUGCGCAACACAGCUCUUUAUCCUAUUUCCCCAUGUUUUUUCUCAUUCGUGCCUCAGGUGCUCCUCACAUUGGCCUGUCUCGUAGGCGUAAUCUUGUACAAGCUGGUCAUGAAAAUCGUCUUCUAUCAGCAACCAAAUCAGUUUAUUCAAAGCAUGGCAGGGAAGCUGACAACUAUAACGGGCUCCGUGAUCAACUUGAUUCUUAUCUUCAUCCUAAAAUUUAUUUACAAUCGCCUCGCAAUCAAGCUAAAUGACCUGGAGAAUCAUCGAACCCAGACGGAGUAUGACAACAGUUUGACGUUGAAGCUGUACUUGCUACAGUUCGUUAACUACUACUCGUCCAUUUUCUACAUAGCAUUUAUACAGGGCACCACAGCAGCAGUUCCUGGUGCUGAUAAAUCAAUCGUUCAGUCAACUGGGUGUGACCAGGGAGACUGUUUGUUUGAAUUGUUCCUUCAACUUGUGAUCAUUAUGGUUGGCAAGCAACUUCUGAACUUUAUUCAAGAGACUAUGAUGCCAGUAAUCCUUCGUUUAAUUCGAAAGAUUCGCGCAGAUUGUCAGCGAAGAAAAGCAUCCACUACACCCGAGACUGCAGAUCAAUUAGAGCAGAAGCUCCACACCGAAGUUAAAACAAGAAGUGAUCGACUGCUUGCCUGCCGCUCUGACUACACUCUCCUCGACCCGGGUACCCGACCGUUAUUCGAUGAAUACUUGGAGAUGAGAGUCACGUUUUUUUAUUUCCCAGGUAUUUGGUACUCCAUCCUGCUUGUUCUGUCAAGUCUUGCCAUCCGCACAAAUGCAUGUGUGAUCGCAUUCAGCACACAGUUCAUCGAUCGAUGGGUUUAUCGAAUGCACUACAGUCCGGAUCAUACGGAUGCUGGAUUCAAGAACUUCACGUUAUCCUACAUGGAUUCUUCACGUUUUCCAGGCGUUUCAAAUACAACCUAUUGCCGUUAUGACGAUUAUCGGAAGCCACCCUGGGAAGAUCCUGAAAUGUCACAUACCCUCAUAUUCUACCACGUCCUGGCGGUCAAGUUCAUUUUUGUAUUUAUUUUUGAGUCUGUUGCCACCGUACUGACCUCCUUAAUCGCUGCCAUGAUACCUGACGUACCAAAGAGAGUCAAGAAACGAAUAUAUUUUGAGGCAAACGAGACUAAUCGCCUUAUUCUAGACGCCGAGCUGCAUCACAAACAGAAACGUCCAGGGCGAUCGCUCUACUGGACUUUGAAGAAGGAAACCUUAGGCAAAUUGCGUGAUGCGGAGGAAGAAGAGGACCCUUUGGCAUUUUUACACUUCCAUCAGACUUUUGCCAAUGCAUUGGGAGGAACGUCCACGCUGUUUGUGAUAUUCGUACCCUUUGUUAUAGCUGUAACACCUGAUCUUGGUCAG